AUGAAUGCAGAAGAAGGAGUUGGUAACACGACCACUUCAGAUCCACCGGAAAAGUAUGAGCCAAACUCCAAAUUUGCUCUCAAGCUUCCCAGCGACAUCGAUACGACUGAACGGAACACCUUCUCCGGCAACGAUCUGGAGACCUACAUCGCUUCCUACGCCACAGUGCCAAGCUUUCACACUGAUAUCACUUCGGAGGGAUGCUGCAGAUGUCUGGUGAUCGUCGAAGACUCGAAGGUCAGACGAGUGUGGAAUGUUGUCGUUCUCUUUCUGUUGCUAUAUACCGCGACAUAUUUUCCGUUCCAGCUUUGCUUCAUUGACCUUCGUGUCCCCAUCGAAAUCUCAAAGGUGGAGGAGCUCUUUGAUCGCCCAGUCGACUUUUUAGUCAAUUGCCUGUUCUACCUCGACCUUAUCCUGAACUUCUUCAUAAGCUAUCGGGAUGCGACGGGGGUCGAAGUGGUGGAUCUGAGGAAAACCUCCUGGUGCUACUUCAGGACUUACUUUUGGCCGAAUUUGGUGGCUUGCAUCCCGCCGCAGCUCAUAGAAGCGAUGUUCCAAUCAGAUGUGCGGGGUGACAUAUUGGAGGUGGCGCGUUUCAGCCGUUUGCAGCGGAUCUCCCGCCUCGCACGGCUAGUACGCCUCGUACACCUCUCGAAGCUCCUGAGAUUCAUGGAUGACAGUCCCGUUAUGAUGCAGCUGAGAAACCUCCGGGGUGUGCGGAUUAUCAACCUAUUUUGUACACUGUCCUGGGUUGCGCACAUGGUUGGCUGUGGCUGGUACCUUUGCGCAGCACUGAACGGCUCCACAGCGCUGGAGGAUACCUGGCUCGGCAUGCGCGUCAUCGACUCCAAGGGUUCCACGCUGCUCUACAAAAGCGAUGGAUCACGACAAGACCCCGAGGUUCAGUGGCUCAAUGCUUUCUACUUCGUCCUCACCGUCUUCACUACUGUGGGGUUUGGAGACAUGUCAGCUUAUACACAAGCUGAAAUGGGAUAUGUUUGUGGGACAAUGCUCUUGGGCGCCAUCGUGAACAGUAUCAUCCUGAACGAAGUCAUCGGAACACUGACCCGCCUGGACGAGAGCGCCUCGCGUGUGGUGCAGCAGAUUCAGGUUGUUCAGGAUUUCUCCGAGCACUGCAAUCUCAGCAAGACCCUGCGAAAACAGCUGGUCAAGUGGGCACGCGAGAGCCGUGCCGACAAGCACGACUGGGACAGAGCAUGGAUGCGCGAGCUACUGACGAACGGGGUGAUGCCGAACCACCUCGUGCGGCAGCUGCCUGCUGCGAUCUUUGCAGGGAAGCUGCUCAAGAACAGGUUUGUUACGGUUUGCCGACCACACUUCAACGACGUUCUGCCACCGCGGUUUCACAUGAUUCUGGCAUUGAAUCUGGACGUCCAGGAUUUCGAGCACCACCAGAUCGUCUACUACUGCUACGAUCAGGCGUUCGGGCUCUUCCUGGUGGCACGAGGCAUAUUUGCUGCAGUCGCGAAGCCUGGAGCGGCUGGUGGGCACAUCGAGAAGUUGGAUUGGUUGCGGACCAUUGAAGAUGAGCUCAAGAGGAAGCACCGCGAGCGGCUGAAGGCUCCUACACAGGAGUUCCUGAGACAACGCAUUGAAGAGAAGAACGUGCUCUGGCAGCGGCAACUAGAAAGGCUGUCCCCAUACCAGCUGUUCGGCGAGGGCACGUAUUUUGGUGAUACGGAGGUGCUGUCCAAGUUCAGCACCCACCAGCGGCAUGCGACGGUUCGCUGCGAGUCGGAGCACGGUGGGUCCUUGCUCCAGCUCCACAAGGACAAGCUUCACCAGCUCAUGUCAGAUUUCCCUCACUGUCAGCGAGCCUGGCAUCUCGAGGCUACCAGGCAUGAAGUUCGCCGGCAAGCGAAGAUACAGCUUCUCACGAAGUCUUUAGACCUCUACGAGUUGGCUACCCUGGAGAUCCAGCGGGCCGUGGUGGCCGUGUGGCAAAGAAAGAGGAAGGGCUACCAAAAGCUCCGCAAGAGGAAAGAGCAGGAGAGUGAAGUGGUAUCUGCCACCUGCGACGUGGAAGAGCUGGGAGGAGGAGCUCAGCAAAUUGCCGAGCUUGGGGCAGAGGUCCAAGAUGUGAAGAGCCAGAUGAUCACGAUGAGUCACCAGGUCAGAGAUCUGCAAGUCUCCAUGUCUCAGGUGCAGGAAUCCUUAGCCACCAUCGCCGCCUUUAUCCGAGAAAACCCGCCUGAGAAGGCUUCAAGGCCACCACCUUCAGCUCCUGGCUGGGAAGUCUCGCGCGUGUGA